AUGUAAUAAUAAAGAAUAAAGAAAUAAAUGAUUAUGUUACACAAGUAAGAUAAUAGAUAUUUAGAUAACAUGAAGAAAUGAAAGAGAAAUAUCUCACAAAAUGGAAAGAAGAGAGGAUUGAAGGAGAAUUAAUUAAAUAAAAGGUUAAAGAUUCUUUAGAAGAAGAAUAAAAGAUAUAAAGAUUAAAAUAGGGAAAGUUAUUGGAAAAUUAGAGAUUAGUAUAAUAGGCAAAUGAUUAAUUAAAGGAGUUUAAGAUUUAAUAAAGAAAUAAGGAGAAAGAGGAGGAGGAGCAAAUACGAUUGCAUGCAGAGAAGAAAUAAAGAAUAGUUGAAAUGAGAAAGGUUAGAGAGGAUUUAAAAUUUCAUGAGAAAUAGUAAUAGAGAUAAAAAAUGAUAGAUCGAUAGAUUUAAUAGUUAAAAAGGCAUAGGAAGAACAUUUAAAUAAAUAAAUUAUUUAAGUACAAGUUAAAGCUGAAGAAGUGGAAAAAAAAAAAGUAGAAGAGAGAAUAAAUGUUUAAAGCAAUUGAUUAUAGCAGAAUGAUAAAGGAUGAAGUUAAAGAGUAAGAAUCAAAAUGUAUUUUGUAUUGUAAUCAGUUAAGCUGUUGAUUAUCAUAAAAAAAAAGAAUUUUAAAUCUAUUGGGAAAAAAGAGGGAAAGAACUAGAAGAAAUAGAAAAUGCAGAAAAUACAGCAUAAGGAGAUAGAAGAAUUCAAAAUGCAAAAUUUUAAUAAGAUUAAAUUAAUGAAAAGAUAGUAAUUAAUAUUUUAUUAAAUUAUUAUUUAGGUUUUAAGAGAAAAAGAAUAUCUUAAAUAAUUAGAUUAAUAAAAAGAGAAAUAAAGAAAAUUAGAAAAAGAGGAUGAAAUUUUUAUGAUGUGGGCAAGUUAAAAGAUUUAAGAAUAAUCAAAGGAAGGAAAGAAUAUAUUGCCAUUAAUAAAAGAAUUAAAAAAUUUAAGUAAAGUUUAAUGA